AUGGUGUGGUGCCGGGCGUUGAUGUGCACGUGGUGCUCGGCGCGUGUUCUGAGUUUGGGGCCACGGGCUCCCGCUGUCCGGUUCCUCGCCCCGAGGCACGUGUCCACUCGACUCUCCCAUGGAGCCGGCAAACCGGGGGGGUUCCGCCCGCAGAGGGUGGCUGUAGUGACAAAGACCACCCGCUACGAGUUCGAGCAGCAGAGGUACCGGAACGCCGGCCUGUCCGAGGAGGAGCUGAAGGAGCUGCUUGCUUUGAAAGGAUCUAGUUACAAUGGUCUGUUACAGCGACAUAACAUCCAUUCAGAAAAUGUUGAACAUAUUGUGGGAAGUUUAAGGAAAGAAGGAAUUGAAGUGCAAGUAGUAAAAAGAAGAGAUUAUGAUGAAGCUACAGUGCGAUGGGCAGAUGCCAUCAUCUCGGCUGGAGGUGAUGGGACAAUGCUUCUCGCUGCUAGCAAGGUGCUGGACAGGUUUAAACCUGUCAUCGGAGUAAAUACUGAUCCAGAGAGGUCUGAAGGACACCUCUGUCUGCCGAUGAAUUACACCCAUUCCUUCCCAGAAGCCCUGCACAAGCUUUAUCGUGGUGAGUUCAGGUGGCAAUGGCGACAGCGAAUCAGACUGUACCUGGAAGGCACUGGGAUAAACUUCACCCCCGUAGAUUUGCAUGAACAGCAACUAAGCCUGGAACAGCAUAGCAAGGCCCACAAUACUGGAGCUCAUCAAGAGCAAACAUCCGCAGCCAUUUCUGGACCUCACUUGUUACCUGUGAGAGCACUGAAUGAGGUAUUUAUUGGAGAGUCGCUGUCUUCCAGGUAA